CAGAACAGAAACAUCUGGCACCAUCCAUCUUCUGUCAGCUCACCGACACACACACACACACACAAACACACACAUACACCCUUCUGUCCCACCCAUGGUCCCGCCAAUGCCACGAGGGGCCGAAGCCAUCUACUAACCUGAUGACGGCUCAGGUGCAGCAGGAUGGUUUUCAGGAAACGCUUUGGCCAAUCACUGAUGCACAUUUCACCCUGAUAUCCCUUAGCUAAUUUUGCUAAAUCACACACUAAUUUCAGAACCUGAUUUCAUUUAAGCAGAGGAAGUAAGGGUGAAACUAAACUGUGGGAUGAUCUGAAUCUAUGACCGCUGUCCUUCUCCAUCAAAGCACCAGGAGAUAAUAGCUAGAGAGGCGGCAAGAGGAAGGUCAGUAGUGUCAACUUACAUCUCACAGACAUGACACCCAACAUUCGCACACAAACGUAUCUUAAACUUAAGAUUAAAGGACGAUACAAGAAUAUCUUCAAAAGGUGAACUUACUUCAGCAAUUUGGUGAAAAAACUGAACCUAAUACAGUCAUGAAAUAUUUACAUACACUACAUUAAAAGAUACACUUUUUCAUGAUGACAUCUAUUAAAAAUCAUCAGUCUCCUUCUGAUCUUGGACAAAGUAUAAAAACAAUGCUUUUUCCUAAUUCUGACAUUAACCAAAGAGAAAUUAUGUUUUCCAAUCCGACAUGACAUUAAAUAGGGAAGACUUAAUUUUAUUUAAUGUCAGAAAUUGAGAAGAAAAAAGCUAUGUAAUUUUAUUUAGUCUGUGUAAACGUAGUUUCAACUAAUCCUAUAAAUGAGCUUUACGUUUUGAAUUUAUUUACUGAAAUAGAUUAAUUUGAGUGAUAUUCCAAUUUAUUCACAUGCACAAGUAUUUUUAAUGGUAAUGUUUUAUGAGGACAGGUCAUCAAAAUGAAAUGGGUGUGUUCAAAACACGCCUGACUUUAUGACCAUUGUAAAUGUCUGUUGCUUAGUGCUGCUGGAAAUGGUUAGCCCUGCCUUGAAUUGAACCACAGACUUUGGAAUCAUAAAAUAACAACGUUGGAGCUCCCUGUGUGUCGUGCAUUUAUAUCGAAGGGCAAUGUAUGCUUAGGAGUAGAUUAUACAAUAUUCACGUAUAAGAAGUGUUAUAAUGAUAAACAUUUUUACAUAAACUUUGAUCAAAUCACCAGCUCAGAGACAAUAUGGGCCCCGCCUGGCAGCACAGAUGGCCUUGUGGUGAUCCCUGCAUGCUCCAAGGAUAAAAAUGCCCCAGCCUAUCAGGCCUCUGUGUGCGCAACAUCCUCUCCGGUGGAGACACCUGAGACACCGCAAUAAACAACCAGAGAUGUUUGGAAGAAUGGGAUCUCCAGCAAAGCAUGGAACGCCUCACAGAGUCAGCAUUCAUUCCCCCAGUAAAGAUUUAGAUUCCCCACUUCCUCCCAUAGAGGAGCGUCUUGCUUACCUGCGUCCUUCCAGGGAGCUGCUGCAGUUCUACAGACAGAAGAUCGCCCAGUAUGAUGGUGAACACGAAGAGCUGUUGCAAAUGCUGGAAAAGUUUAAAAGCAUCGCAGAGGAUCAGCACAAACUGCAGUAUGACAUACAGGAGCGUGAAAGAGAAGUUACACAGCUUCAGAACGCUCUGAGUGACAUGCAGGUCUACCUUUUCCAGGAGAGAGAGCAGUCGCUCCGACUUUAUGCAGAAAAUGACAGACUAAAGAUCAGAGAGUUGGAGGACAGGAAAAAGAUUCAACACCUUCUUGCUCUUGUCGGUCCUGAUGCUGGAGAGAUUACAUACUUUCACCAAGAGCCUCCACACAAGGUCACAAUUACUCAGAGGCACCCUGAGUCCGUGUUUGAUGAAAAUCUCAGUCUAAGGCCAACUAAACUAAGACCUGCUGCGGCAACAAAAGAGGCUAACAGGAAAACAAAAUCAGCUGGUGAUGGUGUAGAGAAGUACAGGAACGACAACCAGACAUUAUUGUUGCAGGUGGAGGCGCUGCAGGCUCAGAUGGAGGAACAGACGCGUCUGGUCAGAGAGCAGAUAGAAGCUCUCCUCGAGGAUCGGAGGAUCAUAACAGAGGAAUCUCAGGCACAGCGACACAGAGACCAGGAACGCAUUGCUGCACUGAGUGAAAAGCUCCAGCAGACUCAGAACCUGUUGCAUGAAAGCACAAGAGAUUUCUUACAGCAGAAAUUUGACGCUCGGGCCAAUGAGAAAAGCUGGAUUGUAGAAAAAGAUCGGCUGCUGAGGGAGCUGGACUCCUGCCACAACCGACUGAGGAGGGCGAAGGCCCGGUUCGACGGCACUGAACUGACAAGAUCCUGGCAGCCCAGCAGCAGCAGAUCAGCUCUUUUUCUUCCUCAACCCCAACAUGAGCUGUCUGACAAGCAUAAGCAGGAGAAAAAGGCUCUACAAGAUGAUCUGAAACAAGCUCACAAGUUGGCAGAGAUGUUCAGAGAGCAAUGUAUCACACUGGAGACAGAACUGUCCCAAAUCAGAGAGGAAGGAGACGUAGGCAGAGAAAUAUUUAAGGAGCGUUCAGACAAGAUGGCCAGUCGCCUCCAGCUCAUGACUCAGCGCUAUGAGGCUUUGGAGAAGAGAAGGGUCAUGGAGGUGGAGGGCUUUAAGGCAGAUCUAAAACUCCUCAGACAGAAGCUCAAAGAUGUAGAGAAACAGCUCCUCAAGGUCACAUUAAACAUUGGGCCCAACCAGGACCUAGCCAUUCUGCAUGAAGUACGACAAACUAAUUCAAGGACGAAAAAGGUUCAGAAUGAGCUUAUGGCUCUGAAAGCCAAAAUUUAUGGACUUGAAAACGAACUAAGAAUCAGCUGAAGAACGUUCUCUCGAAUGUUUUCCACUUUUACCGAUUUUUCUAUUGUUUGUUUUUUAUUGACAUGUUGACUACUUUUUUUAAUCAUUUGUGCUUUGAACCAAUAAAAUUCGUUUACAU